AUGACCCUUGUGGCCAAUUUCGCAGCAAGGCUUGACAGGAUCAAUGAGACUCAAGAGUCGAUAAACGCGCUUUCGAAAUAUAUGCUAGCGAAUGAGCUGGCGUCGGCAGAAUUGAUUGAGGUGUGGAAAUCGCGAAUAACACAUACAUUGUCAGAUACUACAAAGUUACUUCUCAUUUACCUUUGCAAUGAUGUUGUUCAGCAAGCCAAACGUCAAAACAAGACGUUGUACAUUCAUAACUUUAGCAAAAUAAUCCCACAAGUGAUAAGCCCCAUAUAUGGGGCUGCUGAGUCUACGAUAAAGUCAAAAAUCAACAGGGUGGUGGAUGUUUGGCAACAGCGUUCUGUUUUUGCUUUUGAUUAUAUCGAGAGUCUAAGAAAAUCUUUGAAUUCAGCUAGUGCGUCGGCAAAAGCAACACCUACAGCUGCUAAAUCUAGUUCCCUGGUGAUACCGGAGUUGAGGCAUAUCAAUGACCUUUUCCAACAUAUUAAUGAUUUAACUGAGAUCAGCCAGGGGAACCUCACCCAGUUGGGAAUACAAUCGAAAACGUAUUUGAAUUUGGCAUCGGAUAACCUACCAAAGACUCAUGUUCAUUUAAGUAAGCUAAAUGUUUUAGAGAAGUUAAGUAAAGUUUCAAUCAAUAAUAUUGAGGAGAUCAAAACGACGAGAGAAAAUAUUAAAGAUAGUCUUGAUACAUUGGUGGUGCUGCUAGUUGACGGAAUCAAGAGCGACGAAAGCAAAAUGGCAAUCAUAAGAGAUAAAAUUAAAAAGAUUCAUGAGGUUAGACAAAAGUUACAGGUUGAAACUGAGCCAGAAAAACAUUCUGGAGACAAACAUCCAGAAAAGGAGCACCCAGGAGGAAGAGGAGGACAAGAAAAAAAAGAAAAAGAAGAGGAGGAAGAAGUAGAAGAAGAAGAGGAAGAGGAAGAAGAAGACUUGCCUAAAUACGAAGAAGAUGAUGAGGAGGAGGAGGAGGAAGACACUGAAGAUGAUCGCAAGGUCAAAAAGAGAAAGAUGUCUUCAACACCUUCGGGAGGCUCUACACCCAAUAGAAAAGUAGCAUUUGCCGAAAACAUUGAAGUUAAUGAGUUUGAAGUAAACGAGCUGAAUGACGAGGAAAAGAGUCCGGAGCACGAGUUUCCAGAGAAGACAAGUUUAGAAGUAAUGGAUUUAUUACUGAAAUUAGCAUAG